GGCUAGAGAACGACUCAUUUUCCAAUCUUCAAAACCCACAUUCACACUCUCCUAUUCUUUUCCAUGAUGUGGGGUUGGAAGAAAGGUAAAGACCCCUCUCUCUCACUUUCCCCCUUUCCAAUGGGUUUCUGUUGAAGAUUGGGUUGGAAACUGGGGCAGACUUUGGUUGAUGACUUUGACUGGGUCUUGGAAACUGGGUGGAGGCAUCAUUCAUUCAUUUCACAGACGUCAAAAAUUGGGGUUUGUUUUAUAGUUAACUAAGAGAGAGACUGAGAAACAAAUAGAAAGAUAGAGAGGUUUGUUGUUGGGAUUUCUUCUCCCUAAGUUGAGAUUUGGGUUUGUUAGAGAGAGAGAUGUUGAUCUCUGUGGCUCCUUCCAUGUAUAUCUUUCUAGGGGUUAUUCUGCAAACUUGGGUCUUUAGCCAUGGCGGAGAGACCGAUAUACAGUGCCUCUUAGCCCUGAAAGCUUCUCUUAGAGACCCAUUCCACUACCUCUCUUCUUGGAACUUCAACAACAACUCCCAUGUCUCCAUCUGCUCGUUCUUGGGCGUCGAGUGUUGGCACCCGGACGAGAACAAGGUCCUCAACAUAAGGCUUUCAGGCCUUGGCCUUCAAGGCCAGUUCCCUCAAGGCUUAGAGAAUUGCACAAGCAUGACUGGUCUUGAUCUCUCUAACAAUGAUCUCUCUGGUAACUUGCCUUCUGAUAUAUCACAAAAGAUUCCUAUGGUGACCUCUGUUGAUUUCUCUUCUAAUAAGUUUUCUGGUCAAAUACCAGCAAGCCUCGCGAAUUGUACUUACCUGAACAUCAUUAAGCUCUCUGAAAAUCAGUUCUCUGGUGAAAUUCCUGCUCAACUUGGUGGCUUGCCUAGGCUCAAAACUUUUCAGGUCUCCUCGAAUAGGCUCAAUGGUCCAAUUCCCUCUGUUUUUCGUAGUCUACCACCUGAUUCUUUUGCAAAUAAUCCAAGGCUUUGUGGACCUCCAUUAUCGGUGGCUUGCGUGAGUACUUAGAAGAAGCUCAAGAAGAAGGAAAAAGCAGGUAGCUAAAAGACCAAAGGUGCGGUUAAAAUAAAGGGGCGUCAUCAAAAAGCUCCGUAUAGAGUUGCAAUAUCGAUAUGGUGGAUUAUGCGCAAAAGACCAUUUAUGUUAGUAGACAGUAGAUAUGCUACCAGACAUAGCUCUUUUUUGGUAUCUAAAUGAUUAAAAUAUUAUCUUGACAUGUUAGAGGUUCAGGUAGUACAAAACAUAAAUUAGAGCUUCUCUCUAUUGUCAAGAAAGAAUGUCCUGAUUUAGUUUUGGUACAAGAAACUAAAUUCGCUAAUACUAGAUUAUUUUAUGCUAAGUCGGGAUUAUACCUUUGCAAUUUCGCUCAAAAGACUAUGUUGGUUUAUCAGGGGGUAUAUGGAAUAUAUGCGACCCCUCUAAAUGGUAUUACUUGGAUAAA